AUGACGUCAUCACUUUCAACCUUCACUUCUCUUUCAACUCUGAACCCAAAAGAUAUACCAACAGAAGAAACCGAACUGAAAGCCUUCAUAUCAAAGAUUGUCUCAGAAGCUCAAGCUAAGAUUGAUUCAACUGAUACGUGGAAAACUGGAAAAGUUUAUCAAAAUGGGAUUGUAACGACCAAAAGUCAUCAAUUUUCCGGUGAGAAAUUCAAAUGGCAUCUUCGAGAAAGUUAUCAUAACAUUUUGGAUCAAAACUCUUCCCUUGAAAAUGAUUUGGAUGGGAUCGGAUGGGAUAUGUUUUAUGAUAACUUGUUUAUGAAUCAUACUGAGAACGAGGUCAAAUAUAUUGAAAGUUGUGAGAGCGCACACAAACUUCAAGUCAUUAAACAAGGAAGCGCAGAGAUCUGGCGGACAUGCUAUAAGUUAGCAUUCCCAAUGACUGAUAGAGAUUUCGUCUUUCUGAUCCUUACCCAGGAGACGACUCCAGAUCCAACUGGUCCGAGAUCUUUCUUAAUAAUCUCCUUACCAAUUCUUCAUCCAUUCCAAACAGGUCAUACCCGAGGAAAAUACAUCAGCAUUGAAGAAGUCAAAGAAGAGAUUCUGACUUCUAAUGAUAAUAAUCAACUUGAAAGAAAACGAAUCAAAUGGAAGAUGAUUAUUCAAAGUGAUGCCGGAGGAAUGGUUCCUAUUUGGAUAAGUGAUUUAGCACUUCCUUCCAAGAUAAGUGAAGAGUAA